CCACAGGUAUCAAACCACUGCCCCCGUGCAGCCCGCUGAGGCUCCGUUGAGGAAGUAGCCACACUGGUACGUGAGCUGAGAAGGACAGCGAACCAGAAAGAAGUAUGUGUCGUUUUAUCGUACCGUGGGAUGUCGCUUAAAACGCUGAAUCAUAUAAUGUGCAUAUGAACGGGGGGUUGAUUUAAUAAGCUCACCCGGUGAGGCCACCGAGCCGAGCGCACCGCGGCUGUCAGUAUGAUCGGCGAGGAUGAAUGAUGGAGCAGGCGAGCUUCUCCGAAAACAGCACCUUUUGUAUGCUAAUUUUGGAGUUAAAUGAGCAGAUAAUUGUAACGUUAAACGAAAACACUUGAAGGUGUUGUACGGUAGUUAUGGUCGGGAUUUUCUUUCUAUGGGCCUAUAUUUAAUUUCAUCACUCGGUAUUCUAAAAUAAUAACGAUAUCUCGAUAAUGUCAUCUCGCUGUGGGUCAGUCAUCUACACCUUCUGACUCUAAAUACUCACGUGUUACACAGCUUGGUGAAAGGACUCUUAAGCACCAAUUCAACAAUCACAGUAUAACACGUAUGUCAAGUUGAUCAACUUAUGUGCGCAUGAGAGCACGGUGACGUUCAGUCGGGCCACUCCUGUCGGGUUAUCUGGAGAUCACUCACCAUAAAGCAUUGUGUGGGUGUGUUGUAGCCGCCCCCACCCCCCUUGUCCCCCCUCCCCACCUGGAGGUCCAGCAGCCAUGAAGCUUCGACUGCACUUCGUGGUGGACCCCAUGGGCUGGCUGUGCACCAGCAUGGUGUUUGCAAUCUGGCUCUACAACAGCGUCUUCAUUCCUAAACUGGUUCUGCUUCCACACUACAACGAGGGCCACAUUCCGUGGGCGAUAGUGGUUUGUUAUUACAUCGCAUCCGCACUCUGCAUAGCGGCCCUAGUCAGAGCUUCCACAGCGGAUCCCGGCCGUCUUCCUGUGGACCCCCACAUACCUCACGCUGAGCGGGAGCACUGGGAGUUGUGCAAUAAGUGCAACUUAAUGAGGCCUAAAAGGUCCCACCACUGCAGUCGUUGUGGCCACUGUGUUCGCAGGAUGGACCAUCACUGUCCUUGGAUCAAUAACUGUGUGGGAGAAGACAACCACUGGCUAUUCCUGCAGCUCUGUUUCUACACUCAGGUCCUCAGCUUGUUCACCCUGGCACUGGACUUCUGCCAGUACUACUACUUUCAACCACUUACCGGACAAGACCAGAAGUUUACAACGCGCCAUGAACUGGCUCUGCUGCGACUCUCAACCAUCACGGGUUUGGUCAUGUUUGGUGGCAUGACCAGUUUGUUUUACACCCAGUUGACCGGCAUCUUCUCCGAUACUACAACCAUCGAGAAAAUGGCGCUGUUCUCAAAUGAAACAUACGGCUCAAAGAGAUCUUGGCAGUGGGCGUUAGCGGAAGUCUGCGGCACUCGCUGGAAACUCCUGUGGCUCAUCCCGCUCCGGAGCAGACAGCCCAUCCAAGGGGGCCCCCACUUCCGCAGCCACGUGUAGCCCCGGCGGCACCACGGUACCUCGCGUCCGCUCGGUGCGCACUUCGGAGGCCGUUCCGGCAGCCUCUUUUCGUGCCACGAGAGCCGGGCGGCGGUCUCGGUCUCUCUGGAAACUCUUUGAGAAUCUUUUUUUAAAAUUUAGUUUGCAUUUCUCCACAAAACCCAGACUGGCAGUGAACAGGGCCGAGAAGCACCCAGGGACUGCUCCUUUAAGCCUUUUUGGAAACCACUUUUAAUGGUUAAUUGCAUCAGAAGGAUGGAAGUUUUGAGCUGAAAGACGCUGAUCAAAGGGACCCCUCUCAGGUUACUUUAACAAAGAGCCUUUACUACUGACCUUUAAUCAGCUAUAGCCAGAACAAGUGUGUCUGUCAGGAAGGCGGUUUUUAGUAUAAGGUCCGUGCCUUGUUUCUUUUACUGUAACUAUGUCAUUUUUAUUUGUCAUGCAUGCGCAGUGCAUGUGUUUUUCUGUUUUGUCUGGUUGCCAAUCCUCCAGCUUGGAAAAUGCAUUCCUGUUCAUUUGAUGAUUCCUGAAUGUUUUCAUGCAUUGUUCCUUUAAAUGUUUUGUUUACCACGUGAGUUUUUUAUCAAGCAUGGCUCCAGAACAAAGUUCACAACUUGAAUACUUCUAUGUGAACGUUUUAUGACACAUGCAAACAGUAACACUUUACCAAAAGUAGAAAUCAAGUUUGUAUUAUAAGGUUAGGUGGUCUCGGUCGUAGUCAAACCUGCUUUGUGAUCAAGCUGUUUCUCUAAGUAUAACAGAAAUUCCACAGCAUAUUAAUAUAUAAUAGUAAGACCUAAUCAGAACCUGGAGUGAAUUCCUACGAAAGGGUUUGAGUCACACACAAUUCACAUCAAUCACAUACAAUUAAACAUGCGCGGGUUAAAGGAACAAUGAUGCAUUUGUGGAUUUAUACCCUUAUUUGCUUUCUCGCCAUAAGUAAGAAGAUAAGGUCAAGACUCUCCUGCCAUAAAUUAUAGGAUAAUCAUUUCCCUCUUUGCAAGUAACCCUGCACCCGUAGAUCCAAAAAUACGUAACUUUUCCCUUAAAUUAGUCUGUUAAGCUUGUCUGCUCAGUCAAACAUAGCCCUUACAAUGCUGUAGCACACGUUCUUUUUUAACACAUUAAGUCAUUUGUGACGUUAGUGCUGUAGCUGUCACAUUUAGGUCUUAAAUGUGUCCGAACCAGUGGCUUUAUACGUGCGUAUCUUAACACAAACGUAAUACAAACACUAGCAAAUUUGUCGCCAUGUGAUCACAUACACAGUCAACACAUUUAUUUGUAUAAGUUUGCUGUUAUGAUGUAGUACUGUUAAGAGGUUUUAUUACAUUCUUUAAAAACGAUACUUAAGUAGAAGAUGACUCAGUGCAUAAUAAUACUGGCAUAGCAUGGUUGUCAUUGUCUUUAAUACUUGUCAAUCGCCUAAAUAAACCAGUAUGUAAACAAAGCUUGCCAUAUCUGCGAAAUAUAACAAUAUCCACGUAGUUUUAAGUGCCUUUCCAGGUCUUCUUUUUACUCUCACAGUACAUCACCUUCGCGUUUGUCUCCGUAAAAGCCAAAGACCUGGGGAAAUGUUGCAAUAGUCAGCAAGCGUUCAGUAAAUGCAUGUUUUCACUAAAUCUGUGACCGUAGCAGUUUAAAUGUAAUGCGCUGAUUUUCACUCCAGCACACAGUCUGUUUUAGGGCAUCAAUUAUACUCUCGAAGAAAAGGUCUGCACUUGAACUUGUAUGUAUUUUAUGUGUCAAUUCUGUUGUAUUUUAUUAUAUCUACGAUUCUGUUGUGUUUUUAUCGUCCCCGGAAUGGGAUUGUUUGCAUUUGCAUGAGUGUGUGGUCACUUUGCUCAGUGGUUUUUAUAUCGGGUUGAGGUUGGGGAUGUUUGUGUGCUUUUUGUGGUUGCUUUGUCGUGGUUUGGUGGUGGGAUAAUGGGUCGGCCAAAAGUGCGUGUUCAGUUUCAGUUUCUUUUACGAAUCCUUUUUGAAAGCAAUAAUUAUUGUGUAUAUGUAACGCCAUCUGUAUUGUUACAACAGUAGUGGAAACACCUGUUUAUUGUGAAGUAUGUACACUGGUUUGAAGAGUGUCAUUUAUUACUCACCAACCAGGGAUUAUGAGAUUUACCUACGUGUUUAUACUUAAGUAACCGAAGCCAAGAUGAACACUACUGUCACUGCUGUGUUUAGUUCCACGUGAUAUCCUCCUCUUGCACCUCGUGUUGAUAGAAAUGGAACAAUGCACAGGCUUGAGUUUAUUUGAUUAGAAUCCAGCCCUGACGGAGCCUUUGAGAGUACACAUGUGCCCUGCUCACACUCUUGGUUUUGUUCACAUUCUUUAUUUGCUGUUUUCUGAAAGUUUUUUUUUUUUUUCAUUGUUCAGACCUCAAACACUGAAACAGGGAUAACAUGAAUUCACCAUAAAUAUUGCUAUAUCAUUUGUUAUGUCUAGAAAAGCCUUUGAAAUGAAAUGCGGCAAAGCUAUUUAUUGUGAUUAUAUAAAAUACCAUAUUCAUGCUCAUACAAUAAAUUUGAUUCUGGUUAAGUUGAA